AAUGGACUUGAAGAAGGUCGCCGUUGAAAAUCUUCAAAAGUACUUGCGAAUUCCCACCGUUCAUCCCAAUGUCAAUUACGGUCCUGCCGUCAAGUUUCUGGAGUCGCUGGCCGGUGAGCUGGGUUUACCCGUGAAGGUCCUGGAAUAUCACCCGAGCAAUCCCAUCGUGCUUAUAUCGUGGGUCGGUGAGCAACCCAAUCUACCGUCGAUCUUACUUAAUAGUCAUAUGGACACGGUUCCGGUGAACGAGAAAAAAUGGGCGCACAAUCCUUUCGGCGCCGAGAUUGACGAGUAUGGGAAUAUCCACGGGCGCGGAGCCCAAGACUGCAAGGGCAUCGGGAUGAUUUACAUCGAGACGAUACGUCGACUGAAACAAGCAGGCGUGCAGCUAAAGAGAACGGUCCACGUGCUCUUCGUGCCAGACGAAGAGCUCGGGGGAACAAAGGGAAUGGGAGCGUUUACCGGAACCAAGGAGUUUAAGGAGCUCAAUGUUGGUUUCGCCAUCGACGAGGGUUUUGGCGAUGUUGGCAACAAAUUUUUGGCGUCUUACGCCGACAGACUUGGGCGAAAGAUGGUAAUUCAUUGCGAAGGCACUGCAGGUCACGGUUCUCUCCUUCUUCACAACACGGCAGGAGAAAAACUAGCCAAAGUUUUAACAAAAUUUUACAAUGAGCGCAGACAGCAGAAAGAAAAACUCUCAAUUGGCAAAUUAGGUCUUGGAGAGGUGACCUCAAUUAAUCUAACGAAGAUGGAGGGCGGAUUGUCAUCGAACAUCAUCCCCCAAAAGCUCUCCGCCACCAUCGACUGUCGAGUCACUCCCAAAGAUAAUGUUGGGGAAUUCGAAGACAUGAUAAAUCGAUGGUGUCGCGAGGCUGGCGAUGGGGUUACCGUGGAAUACUUGCACAAAUCGGAGUCUGCACCUGCUACAGCACUGAACGAUUCGAACCCCUACUGGGUGGCAUUCGAGGAGACCGUCACCCAACUGGGCAUCCCUUUGGAGACUUGGAUCUAUCCGGCAAGCACCGACGCAAUUCAUUUGCGAGCGGUGGGCGUCUCGACGAUUGGUUUUGUUCCGUUUCGAUACACGCCCUUUUUGAAGCACGCCGAUAACGAGUCCCUCAACGUAAAUACGUUUUUGGAAGCGAUCGACGUUUACACCAAAAUUUUACCGCAGUUAGCUAACGUAUAAGUGCAGUCAAUGGUUACUAAAUUAAACGACUAAUUCAAAUUUGUCUUUGUAUCAGGAGCGCAAGAAGCGGUGGGCUGCUCAAGGUGGACAAUGAAUACGGCAGGUAUUUAAUUCAAUGUGCGACCGGUGGACACGCCCAAGCCGUUUGUCAUAGUCGUUUGCAACGCUACCGGGUUAUAGUUCCCUUUUAUUUAAUUAGCUGAUCGUUCAAACUAAAUUCGCAGUGGGGGGAGCAAUGAAUUACGUUUACCAAGCCGUUCGACCGUUACGAGAGUUUCUCCGAAAUUUACUGUCGUGGACUGUCAAACUUGACAGGACGCGAACGUCGCCGUCCCAGUUCUUCCACGAGUUUUGCGAUGUUUAUAAAAUUAGCCGACAGCCGGUCGUAGCCAAGGGAGGGAUACAGUGGAAGCAUCCCGGAUCGUUGAUCGGACCGCCGAUGGAACGCAAGCGCCCGUUCUGCUUCAGGACGAUUGUUGCCGAACAGAGUGACUCCCACGUGUACAAAGUUCAGGAGCACUUUAUGUGUUUGGGCUCAUCCCUGGGCGAAAAAUCAAAAAAGCUGAAGGGCGACGGUCCCAUUAUAUACAGGGAGCUGCCGAACUCUUCGGAUCUAUUGGCAGAUCUGUACCAGCUGCGACAGGUUGUUUUGGCGCGCACGUCCAUUGUACACGACAAUGGAGAUAAGGGUACUCAAGGGAACAGGAAGUGUAACGUGUACUUAUUUGUCAAUCAACAAUAGAAGUAAU